AUGGACAUGAUGGGUGGACCGUUGUGGGCAGCGCUCUUCUUUGCGAUGCUCACGCUUUCGGCACUUGACGCCGAAUUUGCAUGGAUAGAAAUGAUCAUUUCAUCAGUGCUAAAAAAGUUCGAUAAAGCAAACAGACAUACUGAAAUUCGACUCGUUGUUGGACUUUGUUUCUUCUGCUUCAUUUGCGGUCUUCCGCUCACCACACGAGGUGGUAUUUUCAUAUUCCAUUCGAUUGAAAACCUCAAUGCCAACUGGAAUUCAUUCUCACUGAGUCUUUUACUGGUUGUUAUUGUUUGCUACAUUUAUGGUGUUGAUAAUUUCAUCGAAGAUAUCGGUGAAAUGUUACGAGUUCCGACAAGUCUUGAAGCUGAGUUAAGAUCAAACAAUUUGAGCAUUGCGCAGAUAAGUUUUUGGGUGAAAGCGAAAUUCUUUUUCGGUCCGACUGGUACAUACAUACGAUGGACGUGGAGCUUUUUCAGUCCAUGUGUUCUCGGAGUUUGUUAUAGAAUAUAUUCUUUUGCAAUUGUUUUGUUUUUGUUGGUGUCAUCAGUGUUCACAUAUCAACGAGUGACAUUCGAAGGCAAAAUAUUGCCCAUAUAUUAUGAAUUAGUGGCAUGGAUCACGAUGACGGGACCUUUAUUUGUGGUACCGCUGACUGCAUUAUAUGUUUUAUUUGAUGCGUAUAGAAAUGGCAAGUCAAUCGUCGAUCCGGUCUCCAGAGUGGCAUCGGCACGUAGACCGAACGCAACGAUGGCUGAUGAUGUAGGGUAUAAUACGAUGGUCGAAAUCAUCAAUGAAUGGGCAAAGAAGAAUAAUUUCACGAGCGGUAGCGACGAUGAUGCUGAAAAUCAGUUUCAGUUAUCGAGCAAUGAUAAUGAUGAUUCCGUAUCGAAGCAAACACGUCUCAAAAAUAAGCACGCAGAUGCAGCCUCAACAUCAUCAUCCGUGCCGUUCAAUGAUUCAAAAUCGCCAAUUGAAUUGUCUCUAUUCGGUGCACCUCCAUCUUCGGAUGUUAUCAUCGAG